CGCAUCACUACAUCUCUUCAUCGCGAAAAUAUCGAGAACCACCUCCGAAACAACUACAAACUGCCGAAUAACCAUCAAGCCAUCACAUAGUCCUUCAAGAACCCCCGACCGCCACCAUGGCCUCCUCAUCCUCCCAAACACCGCUGCUCUACUCCUGCAUCGCCCACAACAGCACAAUCCUCACCGAGCAUGCCGCCUCGGCCACCUCCAACACCUCCUCGCUCGCCUCGCUCAUCCUGCCCAAAAUCACCCACGCCGCGCCCCAGAAGCUCACCUACACGCACGGCGCCUACUUCAUCCACUACAUCGCCUCGGCCGCCUCGGAGCACCCGGACGCGCCCUCGGCCGGCGGCCUGACCUACCUCGUGAUCGCGGAAAGCGGGCUCGGCCGGCGGAUCCCCUUCGGCUUCCUCGUCAGCAUCAAGCAGCGGUUCCUGGAGGAGUUCAAAGAAACCGCGACCGACUUUGCGCGCCUGCCGGCGUACGGCUGCGCGGCGUUCAACGGCACGCUGAAGCGGCUGAUGGUCGAGCAGGGCACGACGGACGCCGGCAAGGCGGAUGCGCUGCGCACGGUGCAGAGCGAGAUCUCGGGCGUGCGCGAGAUCAUGACGGAGAACAUUGAGCGCGUGCUGGAGCGGGGCGAGCGCAUCGAUUUGCUAGUGGACAAGACGGAUCGGCUGGGGAGCUCGGCGCAGGACUUUCGCGUGCGGAGCAGGGGGUUGAGGAGGAGGAUGUGGUGGAAGAAUGUGAGGUUGAUGGCGUUGUUGGUGGUUGUGGUGUUGUUUUUGAUUUAUUUGUUUGUCGGGUUUGGGUGUGGGUUACCUGGCUGGUCACGAUGCCUCCACCAUUAGUCCAAUCCAUCACAAUACCCCAAUACUCAGACCAAGGGCUCUCCGGUGUAACCUAACAAGGCGUUACGGCUUCAAUUCCUUAUUCAUUUCCCCGAGUGUAUAUACCUCAGUAUACAAAUGUACUACUAAUGCACAAAAAUCCAACCAAUAAGACAAAAUGCUACUCCGCACGCGCGCCAGUGAUAUGCGGGGUAUACGUCAAAGAAAAAAAACGGAAUAGCUUCCCCCCACACCUCAUUACAAGUAGAUUCAUACACGAUAUUAAUACUUCUCUGAACACAAGGUACUCCACCACCCGAUACCCUCCGCCUAUCCGAUGCGGUCGGAUAGAUGCAAGAGAAAAAA